UAUCUGGCCAUCUAGAUUUCUUCAGUUGUCGUCACCAUAUGGUCUGCACUUUCUGAACCAAUCUAGACUUUUCUUUAUCCUUUUUACUCUAUCUCUUGACGACCCUCCCUCCCAUACCGAUCUAUCUAUCUCCAUGGAUUCCCCCGCGAUCCCCGCUCCGUUGGAUCCGAACGAACAGCCGAUUCUAGAAACCCUGCUGCGCACUCGCGACGCCCUUCUUCUCCUCAAACGGGACAAAUCUUCUUAUAUCAAAUCUCGCGAUGUCCUUCCGCUCUACGAAGAAGUGAUUGGUGAGGUCGAGAAGCUCAAUGCCGUGCGCAAGGAUGGAGACCGUCGGAUGACCCAUAACCGAUUGGACUAUAUCCUAGAUGAUUGCUUUCAAUUAAUCUCGUUGCUGUUCUUGACUGUGGGGAGGAAUAAUGAAGCCCCGGCAGUUUAUUCGCUUGCGACUACGAUUCAGCGUCUAGUCAAUCAUCUCGAAGAGGCCGGUUUCUACAGCUCCAAAGAUCUAGUCUCCAUAGCCAAAACCCUCGCCUCCAUGCGCGAGACCUGUGAACGGAGUCGCGAGUCGUACUCCCCGGAGCUGAUGACUUUGCUGGAGAGCCGUCUGGAGAAAUGUCAACGGGGACUGGACAGGCUGCAGCAGGACCUGGACCGGCUGGAUCCGAGUCUGGUGCCGGCACAUGAGACGCUGGUUUCGGUUUUGCGCUCGACCGCGGCGGUCAACACCCGAUCGAAGUUCUCUUCGUCCGAGGUGAACGGACUCCGGAACCAACUCAAGAAGAUUAGCGACAUGAUGAAGGACGGCCAGUUCGUUGGCCCAGACGGGGCGCCUCUCCGCGGUCAGGAGCAUGUGAAGCUGCUGCUGGAACGGUGCUGGAAGUGGACGGAGAUCGUUCUCGAACGACAAGGACACAUCGAUGAACGCUUCCAAGAGCAGUACGAACGUCUAGUCGACAUCCGCAACCAGCUAGACCGACUGUCAGUGACGCAGGCGUGGUCUCUCCGGGAGACAGACCUGUUCGUAUACCAGCGGAAGCUAGACCGGAUCGACGAAGCGCGGGUGAACGGGAACUUUGUGGAUGCGGUCGGCCAGCCGGCGGACAUACACGCCCAGCGAACUCUACUAUACCUCAUCCGCCGAAGCUAUGCAUACAUCUACGCGCUACUGAUCUCUUCAGAGCCGGUAUCGGAGGCCCUGCUACCCGUGCACAACCAGCUGCAAACGCUGCGACGGUGCCUCCUCGAGGUGAAAGAAUCUGGCGGCGUAGCCAACAGCCGCGAGCUGUACCCGUAUAGCAUGAAGCUCAACUCAAUCGACAACAUGCGCGUGGACGGCAAGUUCUACGUCGGCAACGACAUCCCGGAAGGCCAGGGCAGCGUGAAUGCGCUGCUGGCAGAAUGCUACGACAUCGUGUGGGAGCUGCGGGCUGCGGUUGUUGAGAACGAUGAGCAAUCCUGAUUGGUUGUUGUUCUGGUGGUUUGGUUUUUCUAUUUACUGGUUUGGUUGAUUUCAUCUGCUGGGUUGGUGGUUUUACUGGAUUUAUGUUGAGUAAUGAGUGAUAGGCUGCGGCGUUUUGGCGCGAUGGAUGGGGAAUGUAUCUUUAUUACGCAGUACUACAAGGGAUAUAUGCAUAU